CAAAAACCGUCCGGAAGUUUACUUUCAAAGGACAGUUAUGGACACUGUCUCACGAAGCAUCCGGCGACAAGCCUUGCAAAAGAUUGCUGCGCUCGCCGCAACGUCAUCGUCAACGGACUUUGAUAACUCGGACCUUGAUCGACUCUGCAAAGGAUUUUCAAGUCCUGGAAAUGUGCAGACAAAUGGCGCUACAAAAGGCUCUCCUCAAUCUCUGUCGGGGUCGCCCAUGACUAUACGAGAAUUCGAAGUCUUGCUGGCAUUGUGCAAAGCGGCCCCUCUCCUGCAGACUCCCCAAAGUGCCCUGAAGCUGGUCGAACAGCUGUCCCCUUACGUCCUGGAAUCGCACACGCAGGUGUUCGUUCCGUCGCCCUUUUUCCGCGAAAUCGAACCCUCCCCUAUUGAAGCCCUGAGCUACAACCUCGCCACGGCCCUGCUCUCACUAGGCGUGAAUCAUGGAUUCUUACAGAAGUUAGUCGUGGAGAAGUUAUGGGGAUACCUGGACAAUUGUACGCAAGCUGCUUUGAUUGCCAUCCAGGGGGAAGACACGGAGAAUGGAGAUACAACCGAAAUUGAAGAUGCCGUCCAUGUUGCAACGGUGACCAUAUCGAUUCUCGGCUUCCUCGAUGCUGCAGCCGCGUAUGCGAAUUUCUGGACUGCUGCCGAGAGGCUUGAUCUGAUUCAGCGUGUUAAUGCCUUGUUAUCAGAAAAGUUCUUAGUAGCAGUUGAAAUCGCAUUUUCCACGAUCCGCAACACGAGUUCUCAAAAUAGCCAUGUGAAGGAAUGGAAGAGAUAUGUCCGGCACUACGCAGCCAUUGGUCGUCCCCUUGGCGCUAUGCUUCUCCAGCGAAGUUUCAUGUGGCUCCUCGUUGCAGGCUCCUCACUUCUCAUUGCAGACGUUGAUGUGCUCAGAGGGAACGAUAUCCUAGAUCUGCUUAUGUCAGGUACUGAACUCACUGGUCUUACUUCAUCUCGAAGCGGAGGAGUGGACUUCGAUACCAUUGAGACACUGGCCGAUAUUGCUACUGAUGAGAUGAGUCUCCUCGAGGAUGGUGCUGAUUAUCUUCGACUCGGUUCUGCAUGGCAACAAAGACUCGCGUUUUCAGUCAAAGCAGGUGCUCUCACGAGCUAUCUCAAUUGUGCACUGCUUAAUGAAGAUGCUGCCGACCCCGAUGUUCUUAUGACUUGGUUAGAGAAUACCCUUGCAGAUCCUGUACAAAUGGCCGACGAGACGCUAGCAAAUGUUGUCCUUCGGGCAAUGGCUUUGAUCUCAAAAUUAUCCCCUGGCUUUGCCCCGAAUGUUAGUCGACUCCUACCGCGGUUCAUCGUACAAGGGGGCUGCCGUGGCCAGACGAUUUCCGUUGCAUCUGCUUGUUUAGCAUACGUUGUCCAAAUCCUUUCACAGGAUACCAUCAUUACUACCCUAUAUACCCUUGGAAAUGUUCUCAGCUCCGGGACCAACCCAGAAAGAGCUCUCGCAGGUGGAGCUAACGGCGACCUGACUAUGGAUGCGUCUCUUAACUCAACACUCUACGCCGGAAAGCAAUCUACGGGCAGUUCCAUAUCGUUGACGAUAAGUGGGGAGGAAGAAACUUCAGCAGUUUAUGGAAAUGUUGUACAAGCAAUUUGUGGAAUUGCUAGUAGCUGCAAGGACGCAAAGAUAACGGCUUUGGCGCAAUCGAUGCUUCUUCAGAAGAUUGAGAAGGUCAGCAGAUCGGUAGAUGCUCGAAUUAUCACUGAGGCUGCUGGGUUGGCAUUAAGUGGCGGACCCCUCGAAUUCCGUAGUUUGCUCAAGCUCUAUGCCAAACUCAGCCACGACGGCGUGAUACAAAAUAACGAGGUUUUACUAGCGGCGGUGAUGAAAGGCCGUGACUAUCUCUCCUCGAGUUUGCGCAGAGAGUCCCCGUUGUUUGAUAUCUACCUCGAGCAUCUGCUGGAAUCCAUCAUCAGCAGGGGCGAUGCGCACCAGGGGGCAAAUACCCGCGAAGCUGAUGUCGAAGUUGCCGCACGUGAGAUUGCCCAGAUGUUGCAACCUCUUGCUAUAUUGAUGUCCCAGAUUGAUUUGGCUUCUGGUGACGCUUUGAGUGAGGAAACCUCGUCACUUCUCCGUGAUGCCUGGUUCAACAUCGUUGUUCAUGGCUUCACUGCUAAUACAGACCGUGGCAAGAAAUACCGAAACGAACUACAACUUAUGGCUGUUCAUUCAAGACCCCUUGUUACUGAGAAGCGAGGCGAACAAGUCGAGAGCGAUAUUGAGCUUAAUACUGUCCUUCGCCGUGGGAUGAGUUCUGAACAUGAGGCCACCCAAAAGAAGAGCCUUACAGCUCUUUUGCCAGCCAAAUCCUCGGAAAUUUCAGGCCUGAGUUACAGCAAAGUCAUAUUUCUGCAGGCCGCUUAUCUCGUAGAAACACUCCGUGCAGACUCGGGCGAUUGUACUAAGGCUUUGAUCUACUUUCUGGAACCUAGCAUGCGAAGAGGAGAUAUGAGUAGCAUCAUGGAAUCGAUUACUACAACAGUUAUGGACAUCUAUCUGCGUAAGACCUUAGCCGGGAAUAAUCCGACUUUCUCUGCACCCUACGUUGCCAAACAGCUCUCGUCGAUAUUCAGCGGAUGCUGUUAUCGUAUUGAUAGAGUGCAGCAGGCCGCUAUGAUCUGUGCAGAUCGAAUCAUACUCGAUGUUCCGUCCGCGCUGUGCCAGAAAUCGUCCCUUUUCGCGCUUUUGGAAUUGCUCUCGUUGAUGUGGGCCAGCUGUUUGGAAGCUGAAACCGACGAAUACGACUGGAAGUCGUCUUUCACCUCAAGCCGUGGCAAUGUUACUGUGGAGUUGUCUGAUGACUAUGCCAUGCGCAGACACACGCUCAACAACCUGUACAAAAAGGCCAGAGGUUGGGUAACGGCUGUUAUCAAUAUUGCACCGCUAGAUAUCAAAGGUCUACUACAGACGUACCUUUCGGAAUAUGACGACGAUGGCGCUUACGGGCAUAUGUCACUCGGUAGAUCAUUCGCAUCAGAGAUGGGAUCUGUAAUCCCAAACACCGAUCAAAGGCUUGCUGCCAUAGAUCGUGAUGGAGACUGCAACAUCAAUACCGCUUCGGACUUCAUUGCCCAAUACACAACUCGUCAAGAGUACCGAUACGCGGAGACGAUUCCCGACCAUGGCGCAGAAUGGCUGCAAUUCAUGAAUCUCGACGACCAACGUGGGUCUCUUGCCUCGAAGUCGGAACAAGAUGGGCACAAUGCUGUAACAGUACUUGCACAGCUCGAGGCUCGAAUCGUAAAUCGCAAGUACAUCCCAAUCGACGAACUGCGUGAUAUCUUGCGAAGAGCUGCGGCUUUGCUCUGUCGGAGUAAAAAAGACGAGUGUGCUAUUGUGCACUAUCUUGUCGGCAUUCCAUUCGCAAUCUUCACGAAACAAUCCAUCAAACUUGGCAUUUCUCUUUGGCUUGGUGUUAUCAACGAGAAUCCCCGGAUGGAGCCCAGAAUUUUAAUGGAAGUCGCUCGGCAAUGGGAAUCCACAAUCCAUCGACGCCUUGGUAUUUUCAACUCGAAGUUCUUGCACCCUGAUCCGUUCUACGUCAAAGAAGAAUUUGCACCAAGUGAUAGAGCGGCACUUAAAAAACGGCAGCAGACUGCUCAUAAUCUGCUUGCACCCCACAUGCGGUUGUUGCAAUUCAUAGCAAGCCACUUCAAUGCAACUCGCCUUGGCAGUCCUCACAUCGAGAAGGCGUUCCUGAGACUCCUGGCCACUACAUUGGAAAGCCUGAAGCAUUCUACUGGUCAUCCAUUAGCCCGAGAGAUAAGAUUGCAGAUUGUUCUAUUCGGCCUGAAAGUGCUGAGGCAUAGUACAGCUCUUGAUAUGGCUUCAAAGUAUUCGUUGAAGGAUCAAAUACUAUCUGCAGCCUUGAGCUGGUUUAGCUUCGCCCCCCAAUGGUCAUUUGGUGGCAAUCGAUUGCAAUUGAAGGCCGAGGUUCGUUUGCUCGGGGAUGUGUCGGCAGCACUCCGAAAUGCUGUAGUGGCUGGACAGAAGCCGAUAUCAAAGUCACUCCAGGCUAAGGAAAGCCUGCUCCAGACUUUGAUUGAAAGCGAGCAGGCGCGGCUCACAGUCUGGCUAUACCCUCUGAACGACCCCCAAGGCUCCGGCCACGGCCAUGGAUCGAAGUCCCCAACAGAGGCAACUCUCCUCGCCCAUGUAAGGACUGCGUGGAACGAAAACCCAUCAUUGGCCAUACAACUUGUCGCAAGAUUUCCUUCGGCAAGACUUCAAAACGAAGUACGAUGGCUCUUGUUCAACUUUCCAGACAAGGCUAUUUCUGAACCCGAGGCGCUCCAAAUUCUACUUGGGGGUGCAUUGCCAGAUGAUGUGUCUUUCCAAUUGAAGUACCUUCUGUAUUGGGCUCCUGUGAAUCCCAUCACCGCAGUCACAUACUUCUUACCAGCAUACCGGAAUCAUCCAUUCAUUGUGCAAUAUGCUAUGCGGGCUCUCGAAAGCCAUUCUGUCGAUGUCACCUUCUUCUAUGUCCCCCAGAUCGUUCAGACAUUGCGGUAUGACGCUCUUGGCUACGUCGAGAGAUAUAUCGUAGAGACUGCAAAGUUCUCUCAGUUAUUCGCCCAUCAGAUUAUAUGGAACAUGAAAGCAAACGCUUACAAGGACGAGGAUUCUCAGAUUCCCGAUGCUGUGAAGCCCACACUUGACAAGGUCAUGAAUCGAAUGAUCGCGGAAUUUUCGGGCGAUGACAAGGCUUUCUAUGAACGUGAAUUCGCAUUCUUUGACGAAGUUACUAGUAUUUCUGGAAAGCUCAAGCCAUUCAUCAAGCGACCCAAGCCCGAGAAAAAGCAGAAAAUCGAAGAAGAGUUGCGUAAAAUCAAGGUCGACGUUGGGGUUUACUUACCCAGUAACCCUGACGGCGUGGUGAUCGGUAUUGACCGAAAGUCUGGGAAGCCACUUCAGAGUCAUGCUAAAGCACCGUACAUGGCAACCUUCCGAAUCAAAAAGUCCAAGACGGAUAUAGAAGGGGCUGAUGAAAUGUUCGAAGAGACCAACAAGAAUAAUUCAGUACCCAAAGAGACCACGAUCGAAGUAUGGCAGUCCGCUAUAUUCAAAGUCGGAGAUGACUGCCGCCAAGAUGUCUUGGCCCUUCAAAUGAUAGCAACUUUCCGAGGCAUUUUCAACCAUGUUGGUCUCGACGUCUACGUAUUCCCUUACCGCGUUACGGCAACGGCGCCCGGCUGUGGUGUGAUCGACGUUCUGCCAAAUUCUAUCUCCCGAGAUAUGCUCGGACGAGAAGCUGUCAAUGGUCUUUACGAUUACUUCAUCUCGAAAUAUGGGAAUGAAGACUCUCUGCGAUUCCAAGAAGCCCGGAACAAUUUUGUAAAGAGCAUGGCAGCUUACUCCAUCAUUUCUUACUUGCUGCAAUUCAAGGAUCGACAUAAUGGUAACAUCAUGAUUGAUGAUGCGGGCCAUAUCUUACAUAUCGACUUUGGAUUCUGCUUUGACAUUGCUCCUGGUGGCGUCAAGUUUGAAAGAGCUCCAUUCAAACUCACAACUGAAAUGGUGUCUGUCAUGGGCGGAAGCAUGGACCACCAGGCAUUCAAGUGGUUCGAGGAAUUGUGCGUAAAAGCUUUCCUAGCCUCUAGACAAUACACAGAGAAGCUAAGUCAGCUUGUGCUGUUGAUGAUGGACAGUGGCUUGCCUUGCUUUAAGCCGGAGACGAUCCAGAACUUCAAGGACCGGUUCGUGUUAGAGAGAAGUGAGAGGGAGGCGGCGGAAUACAUGAAGGACUUGAUCAAGAAGAGUCACUCCAGUUAUUCAACCGGGGUUUAUGACAAAUUCCAGGAGAUCACGAACGGUAUCCCAUACUAGAUAAAGUAGCUGAAUAUAUACAUACCCUAGGCGGCU